AUGACUAACACUUUGCUUUACCUUUCAGAGAUGUGGUAUUGGAUCUUCCUCUGGGCUCUCUUCUCCUCUCUGUUUGUCCAUGGUGCUGCAGGAGUCCUGAUGUUUGUGAUGCUCCAGAGGCAUAGGCAGGGAAGAGUAAUCUCUGUCAUUGCAGUCAGCAUCGGAUUUCUGGCUUCUGUAACUGGAGCGAUGAUUACUAGUGCAGCGGUGGCGGGCAUCUACAGAGUCGCCGGGAAGAACAUGGCCCCUUUGGAAGCACUGGUCUGGGGCGUCGGCCAGACUCUACUGACAUUAAUCAUCUCCUUUUCAAGAAUUCUCGCUACACUUUGAGGUUUCUGUGGGAAUGUCUUAAUUUACAUAGGGAAACAGAUGUACAGGUUCCCUGAAAAUGGCCUCGUUAACCAGUGGAAAUAAAGUUGUUCAAGAAUGUGGACCAAGCAGGCGAAAACAAAAGGAAGACCUUGAGCUGUGUGGAAAGAUCGCCCUCUGGUGUUCGAGUGAUUGCACUACCGCACUGCACCUUACGUGCCUCCGUCCCAGGCAAGGUGCACUGAGACACUAUGGAAGCUACAAGAAAAAGCACCUUGUUUAGCUGCCAAUCAGGUUAACAUUGGUGUUGAAAUCAUCGUUCUUAACAGUGUUGUGUUAAGUUACAGGGACGUUUUGAGGAAUUUAUAUAUGUGCCAAACUCCUUUCUUUUUGUUAACAUUGAUCAUGUGACAAUUUGCAAGUGUAGAUGUAGAUGAGUGCUGUGAACAUAUUUGACAUGAAUUCAGGUGAUGUAGUAAGACUUUUGUUUUGUAAUGCUAAAUCCUGUAUGAGUGCUACAUACUGAAUCAUUUAAUACGAGAGAAAUUAUUUGGUUUUUAAUGUUGAGCAUUUCUGGGGUUUAGGGCUUUAAUGUGUUUAGGCAUUAUUAUUUAAUUUAUGUCGAAAAUAACAGUCUUCUUAAUCGAAGACUAGCUAAACUGUUUUAAGGACUCAAAGUAGAUCUAUAGGGUGCAUACUUUUCACUAACUUAAAUAACACCCUUGUAAUAGUUUCCCUCAUGCAUACAUUUUCUAUUUAUUUAUGUGAAUUCAGAAACCUUAUGCGUCACACACAUUGAUUGUAGUUUGUCAUCAAAAUAUAAUUUGAAAAGUUUCUUAAAAAUUUUUUAAGAAAAAUGUCUGAAAUGCAUGUUGCGUUAUUUGUCCCUUCUAAAGAAAGUUUUUGCCUAGUAUCUCCUGGAGAAAACAUCUUUAUAACUAAUAUCUCCGUGGGAUUAUAUUACUUGUUGCAUAUAUCUUGAUUUUUGACAAAACAUAAACAAUUUUCCAUUCUGGAGUUUUAACUGCAUUUAAAGAGUGGCCUAAAUUAGGCUCUGGAAAUAAAAUGCCUCAUUUAUAGAAAAGUAACAAGUAAGUUAUAUAGGAAGAGUAAUAAACUAUCUUACUUUGGAUAUGUGGCAGUUAUAGUUUUGCUCACUAAAAAUUGGGGAAUAUAGUAAAUAAUUUUAAAAUUUGACAGAUAAUCAGUGUAUUGAUAAAGUACUGAAUAUAUAUAUGAAUGGUUAAUUUCAGUUCAUUUUUUGAUUUGUGUUAUGAUUUAAGUUUAUUUCAGUUUAUAAGUUAUGAUUUAAGUUUACUAGAAUAUAUGAUAACAUUUAGUAAAAAUGGAAUUGGCCUUCGUAUAAAACAUUUUAAGAGGUUUUGGCAAUACAUAAUUAUUUAUAAGAGUACAGGAAGUAGGGGGAACACAGAGUCUGGUUGAAUUGGUCUCCUAAUGAGAUUUUUUUUUUGCUACCAGCUGCAGUUAUAAAUGUGCAAACUCAAAGGAAGAACUAUUGCAGAAAAUAUGAAGUUAAGGACAGUCCAAAAAGUAAUCUGGCAUCCUAGCCUCUCUCUUUAUCCUAAUUAGUAAAAAAGCAGGUUUCUGUUAGGUCCCAUUCAAAUUUAAGACCUUUGUUAUCCACACCACUUUUUUUCCACC